UAUACGAGGUGUGACAAUUAAGUAAUGAGACUGAUUUUAUUGCCGCGCUCGUGAUAACACUACGGCCUUGAAAUUUAUACGGUAUGUAGCGGAUUCCCUCCUCUCUCCGACGAUAAGUUCACCGUCUCUCUCGUUGCAGUAGUUCGUCCGCUGUAUCGCGUUAUGUGAACACGUGUUCGUAGUGCUCGUCACGAAAAUGGAAAAGGCAAAUUUAGAGCAACGCAUCGCGAUAAAAUUUUGUGCGAAAUUGGGUGAAACCGCUACGGAAACUUAUUCCAAAAUAUUGAAGGUGUAUGGUAGUGCUUCACUUAGUCGUCCCCAGGUGUUUCGAUGGCACAAGCAGUUCAAAGAGGGCCGCGAGAACGUGGAAGACGAAGAGCGAGUAGGGAGACCAGUUGAAGUGCGAACCGACGCGAAUGCGCAGCGCGUGCGCUCCCUAAUCCGCGAAGAUCGUCGUUUGACGGUUCGAAUGGUGUCGUCUGAACUCGGUAUCAACCGUGAAACCGUUCGACAGAUUCUAAUAAACGAUUUCGGGAUGAGAAAGGUGUGUGCGAAGAUGGUCCCAAAGAAUCUUUCUGCUGAGCAAAAACAGCAUCGAAUGGCUCUCGCACAAGACUGUCUGGAGCAAGUUGAAAACGAUCCCACGCUGCUUGAUCGAGUUAUCACAGGUGAUGAAAGCUGGUUUUUUCAAUAUGAUCCAGAAACCAAACGUCAAAGCUCGCAGUGGCUGUCUCCAAACACCCCUCGUCCGAAAAAAGCUCGCAUGAGCAAGUCGAGGGUGAAAACCAUGAUCAUUACCUUUUUCGACAGCCGCGGAAUCGUCCAUAAAGAAUUCGUACCUCUUGGGCAGACAGUUAAUCAACAUUUCUACCGAGAGGUACUCGAAAGAUUGCGAAAACGAGUUCUCAGGGUGCGUCCAGACAUCGCAAACACUUGGAUUCUGCAUCACGACAACGCGCCGUGUCACACAGCCCUCAGUGUUUUGCAGUAUUUGACUUCCAAAGGCAUCACCGUGUUGCCGCAGCCGCCUUAUUCGCCCGAUAUGUCCCCAUGUGACUUUUUCUUAUUCCCCAGAAUGAAAUUGGAGGUCAAAGGAACCCAUUUUGAGUCGAUUGAGGCGAUCCAAGCGGCCGUGACGAGGGUACUCAUGGACAUUCCAGUUGAAGCGUUCCAGAAAUGUUACGACGCGUGGAAAAUGCGAUGGGCUCGGUGUAUAGCUGCCCAAGGGGACUACUUUGAAGGGGAUAGAACAGUUGUUGAAUAAUUUUUAAAUAUACGGCUUUUAUAACGUCAGUCUCAUUACUUAAUUGUCACACCUCGUA